AUGCUCGUCGCCUCUUUCUCCACUAAGAUCUCGGGGUCUCGUCGUCGCCCUUUGCUCCAUGUCCGAGCGUGGUUGGCUGAGCUCCUCGAAGAGAAGGAAACCCCUCUUGUUGUGGCCACCGUGAGGCUCAUCAACAUCGAGUGGGACCCGACUGGUUCAUCCUUGUCCUUACAUUUCGCCAAGCGCCCGCCUAUGUCCGUGCAGCGCUUGCUCGAUGAGCGUGCAGUCUGGUUCGCCAACACACAGCCCUCGGAGCCGCCGAUCGAUGUGACCGUGGAGUUCUAUAUUCCGGUUACCCUCCUCCAGAUUGACCCCGUCCCAUACCAGGACAACGGCGGCAAUGAGCUUUCUUCCGAAGUCAUCCAUGACAAGCUUGUCGCUAGCAACCCUCAGCUCGGCGACGACCUGCUGCCGUGCACUUAUCCACCACACCCGUUUUUCUGGGGCCGAAGAACUUUUGGCUCUGGCCUCCUCAUUGUCGCAAUUCUCGACGACGAUAAGAGGUCGCACGCUCGCGCUAUCGUCAAAAAGUCCAUCGUCUUUGAUAAAGAACGGUGUUUGGCUUCCAUAUAUACGCCGCCUCUUGUCAACGCUUUUUGCACCACUUGCUAUCGGUGGGGCCACGCUUCCCCUCACUGCGGGUCCGGCAAAAACGCCACAUUUUGCGCGCGUUGUGGAGGUGAUCACACGACCCGCCAGCACGGCCGCGUUGCUCUGUGCUGCCACGAAACACGAACGAGAUAUAAUCGCGCGGAAGCCGAUUGUCCCCCUGACCACGAUUUCUGCCCCAACUGCGGUCACCCCGGCCACCGCGCAAAUUCUCGACGUUGCGUGUACUUCCAGAACCGCUUCAGCCGCGAAUGGCUUCAGACUAAUCCCCCGAGGCACCCAGGGCCGGGUACUAGCCGAAACUUCAAGCGAGCGCCGCAGGUCUGCCAAGUAGUGCUUCGCAAGGUGGGGAGUUCAGGGUGGAGCAAGUCACAUGGGGUGGCCUCUCCGAUCCAGAAGAUCAGGCUCCGCCCUUGCCGUAAUCUGGGGUAG